CCGACUCAAGGCCUGCGGACAUGGACCAACAGCACGGAGCUGAGACAAGAUGGAAAAUCAAUCCGAUCCAUUGCACAAACACUCUACGACCACUUAGAAUGUCCUGAAGAAGAAAGAAACCGCCGGUGUACUAAGUAAGCAAACAUCAAAUGGGUAGCCAAAGGAAAACAACAGCCAUUGAUGAGCGAGACAUUUUUAGAGCUGUAAAGCUAGACCCUAAAACAUCUGUUAGUGAGAUCAGCACCAACCGUUAGAGGGUAGUGGAAUGAAAACAAACAAAAGUGCAAAUGCCACACAGGAAAAUGCAAGCCACACAUUAACAAGAAGAAUUGGAAGGCCUUGACACAACUGGAGGCCUCAUCACUAAGCCACCAAAAUGAGACUUUCAUUUAGCACAUACACAUGUGGAGCAUGCAACCUAUACAUCAUCCCCCCCCCUCUCCCCCCAAAAAAAACCCCACAUUGACUGCUUAACAAAAUGUUUAUGUAUGUGGCGGCUAUCGUAAGGUAACACUGACAACACUCUCGCACAUGUUAAUAGCGAAGUUGCCAAGUCAUGUUCAGAGAAACUUGGUCAGGGAGUGGUAAUAUGUUGACGAGCCACACUCUUACGUUACAAUCCAGCAGAAUUCACAGCAGUUGGCUUCCAGACACAUUUUCGGAAGGUUUUGUCAGUCUCCAGACUUGAAACCAAGAGAGUAUGGAUUUUACCUGCUAAAGAGGAAGCUGAAAGGAGCAAUCCACCAAAACAAUCAACGACUGAAAGAGACAGUGGCGAAAGCCUGGAAAAGCAUUGGAAAAGAAAAAUGUUGGUGAUGCAGUUACUCCCACAAGGAUUUGUAACUAAUUAUUAAGUUAGUAUUUGCUCAAUCAAAUUUUGCUCACCUAAAAAUCUGUGCUGUCCUCCAAGUAGUGCAUUCGAAUAUCAAUAUAAAUACCUCAAAAGAAAAGCUGAACUGUUGAUCUUUGUCUCAUAUUCGUCUUUUGAUGGCAACCCCAAACGAAAAUACAUUUAGUGUGGUUUUAACGUUUCUCCACCACCAGAGGGUAGAAGAGCACAAAAACGUAGAUUGGUUAAAAAACAAAAAAAAGAAAAAAAGAAAAGAACUGAUUUAGGGAAUGAAAAGUGAAGGAUGCUGCACGACAAAAACAUCUAACGGCGACAAACGUCACAGCCGUGCAUCAUCAUGGCACACAGACAAGCCGCUGUGACUUUGAUCGUCGCCAACUAAAAAUGUGGACGUCUGUUGGAAACUAUGCAAGCGCGCGCGCGAGCGCGUGCGGGAACAGUUGCGGCGAAGUUCGCAGACCUGCUCCAUGGGAAGAGGAGACGCGAAAACAUUUUGCACUGGAACGUGGCAAAGUGACGUUUGAGGACCCUUUGUAAAGAGCUCCGGUCCGUCCGCUCAUCGCCGCAGAUGUAAACACACACACAGACGCAAAAGCAGACUCUGACAAAAUGGACUCUAACACGUCGAGCGACAACCCUCAAAAUGGCCCGAUGAUUAGGAGCGGCAGCUUCUUCAAGCUGAUUGAUGCAUUUGCGCUGGAGAUUGGAGAGUUACAGAAGGAGAUGGUUCACACCUCUCCCACAGUGGACCAGGAGCCAGUGGACAUACAGGGGCCAGAGAGUGAGGUGGGGGGUGAAGUGAGUGGAGUUUACCUGGAGCCCCCCCGACAUGGCGGCGUCAGGUGUGAAAGGGAUUAUGGAUAUGACUCAUUACGGAGGAGAAUGAGUGUGUUGGACAGACUGACUCAAACCCACCCCGUGUGGCUGCUGCUGACAGUCAGUGAAGAGGAAGCCACACACAUCCUACUUGGUCAACCACCAGGGAUUUUCUUGGUAAGGAAAUCCGUCACUCUGCAGAGGAAGGUCCUCUCCGUGCGUCUGAAAGGGGAUCGCUCCAGAAGCUCCAUUAGCCACUUCCCUGUCAGAGAGAGCCAGUAUACAUUUUCUCUUGAUGGAUCCGGCAUCAGCUUUGCAGACCUUUUCCGUCUGGUGGCUUUCUACUGUAUAAGCAGGGAUGUGUUGUCCUUCCCUCUCAAACUCCCAGAAGCCAUUGCAUCUGCCAAGACACAAAAAGAUCUGGAAGAGGUGGCUCAACUUGGACCAGGCUUUUGGGACUCAGCCCUCUGCAGCCAGCGUCCCACCUCCCACGCUCCCCGCCGCCCUUCGAGCCGGACUCUCAGCCCGCAACGGACGAGCAGGACCAGGGAGGACGAGGGGUCGGAGCAGAGUCAUACUGGCCCCCAAAGUGACAGCGCACCACCAACAUUACGUCACCGGGCUCCUUCCUCUCGAAGUGAGAGAAGGCAUUCCAGUGCUACGCUCUGCUUUGUCAGCCCACUGUUUUUGCAGACUCGACAGCACCCCCACUGUGAGGAAGAUCCAUCUUCACACGAGACAAUAAAUGUGUCUAUGAAAUCCACAAGCGGCAGCCACGAGAGCGACCGGCACCGAGACGAGAUCAAAGUGAACCGCAAAUCGCACCCCCCUCCUCGACCUCCCCCCCCUCGCUUGAUGCUGCGCAGGCGACCAGCUCCACCUCCACCUGGACCUCCAGCACUUACCACCAGACCCAAGAGCAUGCCAGUGGCCAUUCCUGUGGUCCCAAGGCAAGAGCAGGCCCGCACCAGGCGCCCGGCCCCCCCUCGACCAACAAUGGGUGCGAAACACAGCAGCCCACCCAAGAGUGCAAGCUCAUCAAUCCCUGUGCCUUCAAACCCACCACCUCCAAGACCUAAUAAGCCUGUUCUGGCCCACCACUGCCACAUUGCCCUAGAUGAUGAGACCAUUGCCAAAGCCUUGUCGCGAGCCAAGCUACCACCAUCGGUCCCAGAUGAUGUUCCGCUCAAGAAAAGCGGUGUGAGUCCAUCAAUCCAAAAUGAGAGAGGACUUCAACGGCUCAGUGACAUGAGCAUGUCUACUUCUUCCUCUGAUUCGUUGGAAUAUUCACAGUCUCCUGGAUUCUCCCUGGGCCUGGGCUCCAGCCGCUCACGCCAUCUCAACCAUCAAGACACUGUAGAGGACACGAGUGAGGAGGAGGAGGAGGAGGAGGAGGAGGAAGAGGAAGAGGAAGUGGAGGAGGACUAUGGGGUGGGCCUCGAGGCUGACUUAGAAAUGCGUCUUCGUCCAUCCUUCAAAGCUAGAAGGCGCAGGGUGGGUGUGAGCCUAAGUGGAGGACCGUUUAUUCUCCCCCGGGCCUUAAAGGGACGCUUCAGCAAGGUGAGCAGUAUGCUGACCUCCCUGAUGACUCCAGAGAGACGGGCAGUGAAAAAGAUAGCUGAGCUGUCCAGGGAUAAAAGUUCAUAUUUUGGCUCACUGGUUCAGGACUAUAUAGCCUUUGUUCAGGAGAACCGUGGUUGCCACACAUCGGGGGAGGAUUUUCUGCAGACGCUCAGGCAGUUUAUGACGCAGAUGAAAGCUUACCUGUGCCAAAGUUCUGAGCUGGAUCCUCCUAUAGAGUCGCUCAUCCCUGAAGAUGUGAUUGAACAGGUGCUGGAAAAGGCCAUGCAUAAGUGUGUGCUGAAGCCUCUUAAGACUUUUAUUGAUGUGGCCUUACAUGACUUCCAGGUGAACAGUGGAGAUUGGCAUCGGAUGAGAGAGAACUUGGCUUUGGCAAAGUCCAAGAGGCCCCAGGAGCUGGGAGUGGAUGGCGCAGUACCCCCUGACGCCGUGGCUAUUGAGAAGAUCCGACAUAAGUUCCUUAACAUGAGGAAGAUGUACUCACCUGAGAAAAAGGUGUCACUGCUGUUACGUGUGUGCAAGCUCAUCUACACCAUCAUGCAGGACAACUCAGGGAGGAUGUAUGGCGCUGAUGACUUCCUGCCCAUGUUGACGUAUGUGGUAGCCCAGUGUGACAUGCCUCAGUUGGAUAUAGACAUCCAGUACAUGAUGGAGCUGCUGGAUCCAUCGCUUCUUCAAGGAGAAGAAGGUUACUACCUGACCAGUGCCUAUGGAGCUAUGGCCCUCAUCAAGAAUUUUCAGGAGGAACAAGCAGCAAGGGUGCUGAGCUCUGAGGCCAGAAACACUCUACAUCAAUGGCACCGCCGACGCACUGCCCAGCGUUCAGCACCCACAGUGGAUGACUUUCAGAACUAUCUACGGUUAGCCCUGCAAGAUGUGGAUACAGGCUGCACAGCUAAAACCUUAAUCGUCCAUUCAUACACCACGACGGAAGAGGUCUGCUUACUUUGUGCUCACAAAUUCAAGGUUUCAGAGCCUGACAAUUACGCGCUCUUUCUGGUCACCGAGGACACCUGUCAGCAACUGGCCCCUGACACACACCCUCAACAAAUCAAAGCUGAGCUUCACAGCCGACCCCGGGCUAAGACCUUCCAUUUUGUCUACAGGAGGGUGCCUAAUUUAAGCGGUUGCAUACCUGCCUGCGUCUUUUAAUGAUCAAGUGGAGCAAUGAGGGAAUAUUCCCAACUGGUAGCACUUGAAUACAAACAAUCACUGAUUUUUUUUUCCCAUUUCAAGCAUUUUGCUGCUUACUGGGGCUUGACUGAUAUGAUGUGUUUUAAUGGAGCAGCCAAGUGGGGAGGUUGGACUCUGGAAAGUGUUGCAAGAGUCAUAGUGAGCCCUUAAAAAUGUAUUUCAGUAAUGCUAAUAAAUGCGGCACGGUGGACGACUGGUUAGCACAUCUGCCUCACAGUUCUGAGGACCGGGGUUCAAAUCCCCGGCUCCGCCUGUGUGGAGUUUGCAUGUUCUCCCCGUGCCUGCGUGGGUUUUCUCCUCCGCGUACUCCGGAUUCCUCCCAAACCCAAAAACAUGCAUGGUAGGUUGAUAAAAGACUAAAUUGCCUUUCGGUGUGAGUGUGAAUGGUUGUUUGUUUAUAUGUGCCCUGCGACUGGCUGGCGACCAGUUAAGGGUGUACCCCGCUUCUCGCCCGAAGAUAGCUGGGAUAGGCUCCAGCCCGCCCGCGAUUCCGAGUGAGGCUAAGCGGUAUGGAAAAUGGAUGGAUAUACGCUAAUACAUUUGCUCAAGGCAUCAUGUCAGCAAAAAUACUGUACGUUAAAGAAGUAAUAAGAGGUUGUGCGAUGUGUUGAUUUGGAGGAAAUUUGUUAAGUUUGAGAUGCAGAAGAAAGUUGUUUUUUUUUUUUUUUUUUUUUUUUACAUAAAUAGACUGUGGGAUAUGCACACUGUCUAAAAGCAGCAAUGACAUUAUAUGCAUUUUAUGUAAUUAACUGCUGUAAUCCCAAUCUGCCUUCAAAGGAAAUGUAAACUAGUGUAUGCUACUGCAAGCAUUCAGAUGUCACCAAGUGAUGAGCUAGAUUAAAUGAAAAUGAACCACAUAAAACACCAUCAAGUUGAAUGAACUAUUGCAACUAAUAAUGUUUUACUCUUGCUUCUCUGCAAUUGCUGGUCAAUUGCGACUUCUAUUACUAGGAUCAUUUUUUUAUAUUCAAAUGUUUCUUUUUAUAUCGCAAUUAUCUCUUAAGUGGGAAAGACGUGUCUUAUUAAUAUUUCCGCA